GUCGGAUAAAAGUGGCGGCUGUUCCACUCCACCGCAGCGUGACUUCAGCGCUCCCACUUUCCGCCGGCUCCACAUCCUUCGGCCAUCUGCGCCGCCAUGGAUUUCGCCGCCAUCUACAAGAGACUCCUGUCGCUGAGCCCUGAACCGCCAUCCGACCUCGGAGAGACUGAGUCCGGCACCAGCUGGGCUUCCUCGGGACCCUGGAGCCUCAGCUCAUCCGACUCCAGCCUGCCUGGGGUCGCUGCCCGCCUGCCUGGCCGCUCCACCAGCCUGGUGGAGGGUCGCAGCUGCGGCUGGGUGCCCCCACCCCCAGGCUUUGCGCCCCUGGCUCCUCGACCCAGCUCGGAGCUGUCGCCCUCACCCACCUCGCCUACCGCGACCCCCACCACCUCAUCCCGCUACAAGACUGAGCUUUGUCGGACCUUCUCAGAAAGCGGGCGCUGCCGCUAUGGGGCCAAGUGCCAGUUUGCCCAUGGCCUGGGUGAGCUGCGCCAGGCCAGUCGCCACCCCAAGUAUAAGACGGAACUCUGCCAUAAGUUCUACCUCCAGGGUCGCUGCCCCUACGGCUCGCGCUGCCACUUCAUCCACAACCCCAGCGAGGACCUGGCUGCCCCCGGCCAUCCCCAUGUGCUGCGCCAGAGCAUCAGCUUCUCAGGGCUGCCCUCGGGCCGCCGAACCUCGCCACCACCAGCAGGCCUAGCAGGCCCUUCCGUGUCCUCAUGGUCCUUCUCGCCCUCCAGCUCCCCACCACCGCCACCCGCGGACAGUCUACUCUCACCCUCUGCUUUCUCUGCUGCCCCAGGGACCCCUGUGUCCCGAAAGGACCCCACCCCAACCUGUUGCCCUUCCUGCCGAAGGGCCACCCCCAACAGCGUCUGGGGGCCUGUGGGUGGCCUAGCGCGGAGCCCUUCUGCACACUCCCUGGGAUCUGAUCCCGACGAAUAUGCCAGCAGCGGCAGCAGCCUGGGGGGAUCCGACUCACCUGUCUUUGAGGCUGGGGUUUUUGGGCCACCUCAGCCACCUGCCGCCCCCCGGCGACUUCCCAUCUUCAAUCGUAUCUCCGUUUCGGAGUAACAAGUGCCUGCCUAGUACAGAUCAGCUGGAUCUUAAGGGGGGCCAUUUCUCUUGUGCGUGGGUUCCACAAGGGGUCCCGGGGCUGUAGGGAACUGAGGGACUCGUAAUCAUGUAGUUCUCCCCACCUUCCAAAGUGCAUUAACUCACUCCCCUGACCCCCGCACUGGGGCAGGUCCUCAGCGUGCAGGCUGUUAGGGAAGGAGUGUUUUAUGGGGUCUUUAAAAAAAAAAAAUGUAGCAAGUUUGAGGGAGGUAGUAAGCCUCUUCUCCCACUUCACCCCUGCCCAAUGCUGUGAAUAAUAAGCCCCCAAUGCCCCCUUCCAAUUCUUCCUAGAUCCUGAGGCUCCAGUGUCUGGUGAUUGGAGCCUUACCUGAAAGGGAAUCCUGGUGCUCAAACUUCCCUCCAAAAGCAAGUAGCCAAAGCCAUUGCCAAUGCCCGGCUCUCCCACCCCCGCCUUUGGGCCCUUUAUUUAUGACGACUUUAUUUAUUCUAAUAGAUUUUAUAGUAUUUAUAUAUAUUGGGUCGUCUGCUUCCCUUGUAUUUUUCUUCCUCUUUUUGUAAUAUUGGAAACGAUGGAAUAAUUAUUGUUAUAAGUACACUAUAAUAAUAUAUUAAGUAAUAUAUAUUGUUAAAAAUUUAUUUUUGUGGUUUUUUGGAAUUUUUAAAUAAAAGAAAUCUGUGUGUAAAAUUGGAA